AACAACCUCUGUUCUCCCUCUAUCGUCUCUUUUCAUCCUCAUCACUCUCACACAUCUUCAAGACUCUUCACACACACUCAACUCAAACCACAACCAACCAAUCUCUCUUCUACACAUCCAACAUGAAGUUCUCCGCUGCCGUCUUCACCUUCAUCGCCGCUGCCGGCGUCUCAGCUGCUCCCGCUGAGGAAAAGGCUGUCAACAUGAUGGCCGCCGCCCCCCAAUGGACCAUCCGCGACGCCAAGCGCUACUGCCGCUCCGACGACUCCAUCUGCAACUGGAAGUUCGGCAUCGACACCGGCAACGGCAAGCCCUACGAAUGCCGCCACGACGUCAAGGGCCCCGGCGCCUCCAAGAAGCGCUCCGCCGGCCCUACCACCUGCGGCGACUUCACCGUCACCUCUGGCUGGAGCGACGUCUUUGGCGCCGACAACGGCUUCACCACUCUUUCUGUCGUGUCCAACUCUAAGCGUCAGAUCAUCUGGCCUGCUUACACCGACAAGCAGCUUGCUGGUGCCAAGAUUGUCAAGCCUGAUCAGUCUUAUGCUCCUGCUUCGCUCCCCAAAUAAGCGAUUUCAUGAAUGACUACGACAUACGAUAAUGGUAGAACAUAGUGAGGGGAUUUGAGAAAGGAUUGGGGCUUUUAGCUGCAUAUAAUGGGCUACUUGGUACAUAUUUAUUACAAUUCAUGCCUUUCGAGGCCAGGAAAUUUACAUAUUUGAGUUGAGCUUGUCCAUGUUAGUUGUGAAGUGAAGUGAUGCGAGUGUAACACAAUUGGUGCUUUGAUCGGCCGAGGUUUUGGUCUUUCGGCCGGGUCGCUUGGCACUCGUCAUUUUCAUCCAGCCACCAUCGGAAGUCGCAAGAUGGUUGCGUGGGGGAUAAAGAUUCACAAUGGUGGAUUAUCGGAGAAAGGUUCAGCUUGGCUGUGUAUUGUAAAUGGUCUCACCCAAAAGAGUGAUGGAACAAACAUUCUUGUUAGCAAGCGACGCAGCCAC